CUGCAGAGUGUUGUUAACGUAAUCGCUUCGCAAGGUGAUGCCGGUAAUGAAGCGAAAGAAGAACUGGGCCGUCUACUAAAUUCGAUAGCCUCGUUCAGCGAUGGUCGAAAUUAUCUGCUGGUCAAUAACCAGGGCAAACAGUUAAUUGCUACUCUAGCAGCAGGUCUCAAAACGAAAAAAUUACAUCACAGUGCCGGAGAGCAGGCGCUUGCAACACUACAGAAACUCAGCAUAAGGUCAUCCGUGCAGAAAGAACUGGUUCAACUGGGAAUGCUGGAGUGGCUCUCGAUUUACCUGGGUGGUAAGCCGAGUCCCGCGGCACUGGACUAUGGCUGUGCGCUGUUACUCAAUCUAUGCCUACAUCCGUUUGGGCGAUCAGCUGCCUCACGUGCUGCCACCAUUUUUAUGGCAACAAUUGCGACCUUAAUGGCUGAUCUUAAAUUACCGCGUUGUCUAACGUCUUUUUAUGCAAUAACUGAACCCCACAGAUCAAAAAGCAAAUACAAGUUUGUGCACUGA